AUGUCCCCGAUCCAGGGCCACGAGGCGGCCGCCGCCGCCCUACUCCUCGCUGUCGACAAGCCGCAGCGCAAGGCCGCCGUUGAGUUCGCCAAGAAGGGCGACAGGGCCGGAUUCGACACCGACCUGCACCAGUGGCUGUCCGAUGCCCCGACGGUCGCCCGCGACGCGGUCUGGGACCGUCUCCGCGAGCUCGUCAGUAAGGCCGGGGGCGCCGAGAACGUGGUCGCGGGCUCGGACGUGCACCCCGAGGGCCCCGGCGCCGGGUUCCCGAAAGCCAGUCGCAAGGACGGCGGGCCUGACAUGAAGGAGCCAGAGAACACGAGGCACGCGGCGACGCUCGUGGACGCCAUCGUGAAGGCGCACCUGGACAAGCGCGACGCGGCGCUGGAGGCGGCGCAGAAGGAGGUCGAGCGGCUGCGCGUGUUGGCUGCGGGGCGCGAGGAGCUGGCGGCGGUGCUGACUGCGCCGAGGACGGAUCACCGGAAGAAGCUCAUCGACAGCGUCGGGACGGCGCAGGACUUCGAGCGUGCUCUCGCAACGAUCAAGUACCUGCACGAGCCCUCAAACGCCUACACGCGCGGGCAGAUCUUGUACAUGCUGCGCGCGUUCGUCGAGGAGGGCCACGCGGACGCGUACGUCGCCUGCACGGCGCUGCCCCCGGGCAACCCGAGCGCGGGCUUCGACGUCACCAAGGGCCGUAACGAUGGGGGCCCGGACAUGAGGAAGACGGAGAACACGAACCACAUCGCAGAGCUGCUCAAGGACAUGGCGGACAAGCAGCCGGCUCCGCCGAGGUCGCCCAGCACGCCGACGGACGCGCCCAUCAAGCCUGCCAGCUCGGGAACGAGCACCGUGAAGGUGUCGUGCCCGAAGUGCCGCAACGACUUCACGGCGGAGAUUGACAAGACUACGUCAACGGCCAAGAAGCUCGACUUCGACGGGAACGACACCGCCACCUCCAAGGAGCAGAGCGCGCAGUCCGGCUCCCCGGCGCUGCUCCCCCUGGUCCUGGCCUUGCUGCUCACCCUCCUCGCCACGCUGGUCCUGGCCGACCAGUUCGGCCUCACGGCUGCGAGCCCGAGCUGGGUGGCGGGCACCGCAAAGGCCACGAGGGCCGUCGUCAGCGCGGCGGCCAGCCACGCCGCGGGGGCCACGAAGCAGGUCCUCGCGCGCUUCAAGUAA